AUGCAAUUGCACAAAAAUACCACGGCAGAGAUCGCGUGCUCUUGUGGAAAUUGCAGUGAGCAGGAGACAUUGGUAGACCACUACAGCGAAUUCGGUGACUUGACGCAUCCCACACUCCCGCUUAUAUGGAUAGACGAAGGAGUUGAUAGCAUGAAGUACUUUCCCAUGGAACAAAUUUUUUUGCAGUUUCCGCCGCCAGAAGAACCGCAACCACGGCAUAAUCCGUGGGAAAGGCUCCUACCAGAGCCCGAAUACAUACCAUUUCAUCGCGAGCAGCUGGUUAGGCUAAAUUCAUCGGAAACUGAGAGCGAUGAGAUUGAAGAGGACGGGGAGGCAGGCAUGGAGGAAAACGGGUACGAAGCCGCACCGGAUCAAAUUGCUUCGGAGCAUUUGGAGAAGAGUGAGCUGGAUGAACUAUUGAGUUGGAUACAAACUUAUGGCGACUCCGAGUCCGAUGAGCGCAAUGCCCCUCGAGGAGGUCUUGAUUCGGAGGCUGCUGAUGUACUAGAGAAAUUUGACGACUUUCUUCACGAGCAGUCAUCUGGAGAAUCGCUAAGGACAGCAAAGUGGAAUGUAAAGAUGACUUUACGUUCACAUCUUGAUUCAAUUAGAGCUAUGCAGUUCCACCCUGUUGAACCAGUGCUAAUCACCGCUGGAGAGGAUGGAACAGCAAAACUAUGGAAUCUUGAUGGGACCAAAGAGAAAUCGGCAAGAUCAAUUGAUGCUGGACAUCAUGGAUCGCCUGGACCAUCCUCUGGUGAACCCAGUUUUGGUCACGCGCACAGUGCUGAGAUUAAUUUCCCUUUUCUCCAACACAUUGCCUUUGGUUUUGACGGUGGAACACCGGGUUCAACUGGUCGAGGUAGAAGCUUUAGUCAAGGAGGUAACGAUUUGUGCGUACAGUCAAGAGCCGGACGUCGCGAGUGUGCGGCACGCUUGGCUGUAAAUGUUGCAAAAAGGGGGCUCUCUAGUACGCCGCGAAAUCAUCGUGUUAGAUUCUGUCGUCGCGGCAAUCAUUUGACUUGGAUGUCACAGAAUCUGAGCGAGAUGAUUGACAAUACUGAACAGGGAAUCUUCCUCAUUACUUUGGUGAAGAAUCUCAACGUAAAAGUUAGUCUCAUGGAGCUAAUUAUUAUCCUUGUCAUCUUGUUUAUGUUUUUCAUAAGCUAUCUGGCAGCCAAGCUGAUCAUGAACGCCAAGCGAUCUAGCGGAGGAGGCGUGGGAGGGGGGGGGGGCGGGCCUCCUCCCAUACUUCGACCGACAGAUGUUAUCGUACCAGCCUUCCUCUCCACGUACUCAACGCACUCAAAGCGUCACCAUCAGUAG